AUGUUGAAAAAGUAUGGGGUGACACAUCGCAUUGCUACACCAUAUCACCCCCAAACUAAUGGACAAGCUGAGGUCUCUAACAGAGAGAUCAAAAAGAUAUUGCAAAAGCUAGUGAAGCCAAAUAGGAAGCAUUGGGCCGCAAGAUUGGAUGAUGCACUUUGGGCACAUCGGACGGCCUACAAAGCACCAAUAGGUAUGUCACCUUUCAGGGUUGUAUUUGGAAAAGCUUGCCAUCUACCUGUGGAGAUUCAACACCGAGCCUAUUGGGUUGUGAAGGCUUGUAACUUGGACAUGGAAGGAGCAGGGAAAGAGAGAAAGCUCCAACUGCAAGAACUAGAGGAGAUUAGGCUCAUAGCCUAUGAAAACUCCAAGUUUUACAAAGAGAAAACCAAGAAAUUCCAUGAUCAAAAGCUUAUGACCAAAAAGGAUUUCAACAUAGGUCAAAAGGUGUUAUUGUACAAGUCCAGGGUAGGGCCUAUGAGUGGUAAAUUACGCUCCAAAUGGGAAGGUCAAUUCAUUGUAACACAAGUGUUUCCCUAUGGAGCAGUGGAGAUCAAGGAAGAAUCUUCUGAUAGAAUCUUCAAGGUUAAUGGCCAUCGUCUGCGGAUAUUUAAUGAAAAUCAAGACAUGCUGAACAAGACGAUGGAUGGUGUGAAUUUGACCACUCUAACAUUCCUUCCACCAUGA